AUGAUCGAAGCCAAAGCUCAUCACGAGGAUUUACUUUCAAAGAGGAGUGAUAAUCUUACAAGCGCUGCUGCUAGAUACCGAGAGCGAAGAGGAAGACACCCGCCGCCGGGCUUUGACAAAUGGGUUGCAGGCGCCAUCGAAAGCAACGCCAUCAUUGUCGAAGAAUACUUCGAUCGCAUCUACACCGACCUGGCCCCCUUUUGGUCUCUUGACACAGAGACAAUUGCACGACGAGCUAGUUCCUGGUUCCAUGUUGUCAAGGUUCGUAAUGGAACGGCAGAAGGUGUAGGGGACGUCGAAGGCAGGGUGAUUUGGCUGCAGCUCUGGACAGAACUCGUCAGUGACUUUGCCGAACACUUGCCUGAUGUCGACAUGCCCAUCAACUACAUGGAUGAAUCUCGAAUCCUCGUCCCUUUCGACGAAAUCACGAAGCUUCGACGAAAAGAGCAGGAGAAAAGGAAGAUGACACCCACUCAAGAAGUCACGACUCAAUUUAAGGGUUUGGGGCGUAUUGACGCUGCCAAACUGGAGCCGUACGAUCCUAAAUGGCACAGCUUUGAUGAUUCUUCAUACUGGGAUUUGUUCGUCAAGACGUGCGGCCCAGAUACACCUGCAUACGGCGUCAAGAGUCUUUCAGACUUUACUGCCCCGGCAGACAUUCCCAGCGAAUGGAAUCCGUCAUACUCCUACAAAGGCUUUGUUCGGAACUGGACAGCAGCCAUGGACCCUUGCAUACAGCCGCACUUGCGCCAGUUGCACGGUACUUUUGUCAAGCCUGUCAGUCUAUCUUCGACGGAAGAGCUGAUUCCGCUGUUUGGCGGCUCCAAGCUUUCGGCGAAUAACGAGAUUCUCAUUCCGGGGGCAAUGUAUCUGGUUAACGACGAAUUCUACGCUGGAGGAGAAGAUCAUGGUGUCUCUUGGAGACACAAAAAAGACGGCAUCGUCUGGCGAGGAGAGGCUUCUGGCGGCCGUGCUGGCGAAGAUAUGUGGCAGCACUUCCACCGUCAUAGGCUGAUUCAGAUGCUCAACGGCACAACUGUCAGCGCGAUGGAGCAAAACAACAAACGAUCUCCCACAUUCGAAAUGCCGUCACGACGGCUCUAUAACAGCGAGCAUCUCUCUCAUGGCCAAGUUGGAGCCUGGCUCAGCGAAAAUGCGAAUGCUGGCUUCGUCAAACUUUGCCCUCCCGACGCAUGCGGUUUCCUGGAGCCGUACUACCACGAAGUCGAUCGCGUUCCAAUGAAAGAACAAUACGGCUACAAGUUUCUGCCUGACGUUGACGGCAAUUCAUUCAGCGCUCGAUACCGCGGCUUUCUGCGGUCAACAAGCAUGCCACUCAAGGCGACAAUAUAUGCCGAGUGGCAUGAUGACCGCCUUGUUCCCUGGAUGCACUUUGCGCCUUUCGAUAACACUUUUCAGGAUCUGUAUUCGGUCCUCAACUUUUUCGCUGACGGUCCAGCGGGCAAAGGCGACGAGGCCGCUCGCUUCAUUGCGGAGACCGGCCAGGCUUGGGCAGAGAAGGUUCUAAGACGAGAGGAUAUGGCGUUGUAUGUUUGGCGGCUAUUGCUUGAGUGGGCUCGCAUCUGCGAUGAAAACAGGGAAAAGCUCGGGUUUGUGGACGACUUACUUUAA